GAGCCACGUAUGGGACAUACAAAAGGGUGUGUUUAGGUGAGGAAACGUCGAGAUUUCGCCGGAAAGCCUCUCUACCUCCGUCUCUACCAUGGCCGACCUCUCCUCCUACCCUCCCAUCGACCCCACGGCAUUCGAUAUCAUCAUCAUAGGCACCGGCCUUCCGGCAUCCAUCCUCGCUGCCGCCACCUCCGCUGCUGGAAAAACCGUCCUUCACCUCGACCCCAACGCCUUCUACGGCUCCCACUUUGCCUCCCUUCCCCUGCACGAUCUCUCCUCCUUUCUCCACUCCCAAACCACGGUCGCCACCGCCGCCAUUCCCUCCUCUUCUCCUCUCCUGCAACCACUCUCAUCCGACUGCGGCGAUUACGUUGCCGUCCAACUCACCUCCCGCCCCCUGUAUUCCUGCCUUGACAUCUCCUCUCAUUCCUCCGAGCCUCUAGAACUCUCUAGAAAGUUCAACCUUGAUCUGGUUGGGCCUAGGGCUUUGUUCUGCGCCGACACGUCCGUCGAUCUCAUGCUCAAGUCUGGUGCUAGCCAGUACGUGGAGUUCAAGAGCGUCGAUGCGAGUUUUGUGUGGGACCCUGAGGAGAGUCGGUUCUCGAGCGUGCCUGAUUCUCGGGCGGCGAUAUUCAAGGACCGGCGACUCACGCUUGCGGAGAAGAACCAGUUGAUGAGGUUCUUUAAGCUGGUUGAAGCACAUCUGGCGUCUGAAUAUAAUAGUGAAAGUUCCAGGAUUUCGGAGGUGGAUCUGGAGAGUCCGUUCGUUGAGUUUCUGAAGAAGAUGCGGUUGUCUCCGAAGAUAAAAUCAAUCAUUUUGUAUGCAAUAGCCAUGGCGAAUUAUGAUCAAGAUAGUGUUGAGGUUUGCAAAGACAUGCUCAAUACAAAAGAUGGAAUAGCUCGAUUAGCGCUUUACAGUUCAUCAGCUGGCAGGUUCCAAAAUGCACUUGGUUCUUUGUUAUACCCUAUUUAUGGUCAAGGAGAACUACCACAAGCCUUUUGUCGCUGUGCUGCUGUUAAAGGUUGUCUUUAUGUUCUGCGAAUGCCAGUAAUUGCAUUGCUUAUGGAUGAGGGAGAUGGGCAUUAUAAAGGCGUUAAAUUGGCUUCUGGUCAGGACUUAUUCAGCCAAAAUCUUGUUCUGGAUCCAUCUUUUACAGUGCAUUGGCCGUUAACUUCAAAUCCAGGCUGUGUGCAAGAAAGUCCUAGUUUGAAGGAUUCUAUAGCAAAGGUGGCUAGGGCCAUAUGUGUUACCAGGAGUUCCCUAAUGCCAGAUCUAUCGAAUUUCCUGCUGAUAUAUCCUCCCAAAUCCUUGUAUCCUGAGCAGGUGACAUCAAUCCGAGCUCUGCAGAUAGGUAGCAAUUUGGUUGUUUGUCCCUCAGGCAUGUUUGUGCUGUAUCUUUCAGCUUUAUGUGAUGAUGCUGAUGAAGGGAAGAAGUUACUUCAUACAACCAUUCGUAACCUUUUCACACACACUGUUUCUGGAAAUGCUGAAAAUAGUUCCUCAAUUCAAAUUAAAAAUGUAGAAUUGAAACCCACUCUGCUUUGGAGUGCCUUGUAUAUUCAGGAGUUGACUAUGGGUUCAUUUGAAUCUGUCUACUGUACCCCCAUGCCAGAUGGAAACCUGAACUAUGAUGAUGUUAUAGAUGCAACUAAAAAGCUGUUUCACAAAAUGUAUCCUCAUGAGGAGUUCUUCCCUGAGGCGACCUCGCCUGGGAAUUCAGAGGAUGAUGGUCGGUUUAGCUUAGAGCCCUAGUGCUGAUUGGCAGGAGUCUAUCGGCAUUGAAUCUUCUCCAAUUACCGUUGCCUUAUCAGCUUCACUUAUACAGCAACGCAUCAUCUCCAAUUACUGUUGCCCACAAUAUUUCAGCGCUGGAAACUGGAUCGUCUGAGUUGUGACAUGGUGGUUGAUCUAAAUGUACACUGGAAAUGCAUAUUCUGUUUGUGUGCUGUUGGGCUGGGGUACACUGCAGCUAUAUUAUCGCCAAGUUCUUCAUGCCCACCUGGUUGCGCUGCUUAAUGUACUUAAGAGCCGGAUGUACCUAGUUGAGAUAUUGUUUUGGUAGUUUCAUUUGUAUUUUUGGUCUUGAGUUGUGUUAUAUUUCCCAACGCUGUUCAUAAACCUUAAUUUUUAUUUUUUAUUUUGAAAAAAGAAUUAAAUUAAAGAACA